CCUCCUCCUCCUCCUCCUCCUUUUUCUCCUCCCCCGGCUCCGCCAUGUGGGCCCGGCGGCGGGCCCGGCGCGGCGGGCACAGCGCGGAGGAGCUGCGGGUGCGGCGGCGGGAGCGAGAGGCAGCUCUGCGCAGGGCCCGGCGGCAGCAGCAGCUGGUCAGCAAGCGGCUCCUGCGGGAGGACAGCGCCGCCCAGGAGGGGACACAGGAUGGAGGAGACAUCGUGCCAGACCCGCUCUCAGAGGAUGAGGUUCUGGAGCUGCUCAGGGGUGUGCAGAGGGGUUCGGAGGACAGGAGGCGAUGGCUCGGCCGCCUCCGCUGGGCUCUGCAGAACGAGGACACUCAGCAGAAGUUUGUCAGGUUGGACGGCAGCAUCCGGACGCUCACUGGGCUCUUCACCAGCAGCCUGGCUGAGCUGCAGCUGGAGGCUGCCCGCUGUCUGCACGAGCUGUCCCACUCCAGUGUCCCUGCUGUGGCCGAGGCCUGCCUGCCUGUCACCUCCUACCUGCUCACCUACCUGUCGGGACACAGCCUGGAGCUCACGGAGCUGUGUUUGUAUACACUGGGGAACCUCGUGGUAGAAAGUGAGGCUGUGAGGAAGCAGCUGCUGCCUCAGGGCAUUAUUCCAGUGCUGGCAUCCUGCAUCCAGUCCCCUCACGAGGCAGUGCUGGAAGGUGUGGGCUAUGUCCUCUCUCAGCUCCUCCAAGCCAAGGAAGCACCCACAGAGAUCAUCCCGCUGGUCCUGGACUCAGCUCUGCCCCAGCACAUGCUCCAGCUGGUCUGCUCUGGCCUCAAGGCUGCCAUGGGAGCAGCUGUGGAGUUUGCCUGGUGUCUCCACUACAUCAUUUGUAGGCACAAGGACAACGAGCUGCUGCUGGCACUGGGGGCCGUGCCCGCGCUCACCUCGCUGCUGCUCGACCUGGCUGCCCAGAUCCCCCCGGAGGCUCCCGAGGGCCUGGAGCUGCUGGUGUGCCCCGUGCUGCGGUGCCUCAGUAACCUGCUGGCACAGACAGACUGCCAGGGCCCGGACAGACGGCUGCUCAUCGCCCUGUUCCUCAUCCUGCAGUGCUUCCUGCAGCAGCACCCCUUCCUCAUCCACGAGUGCCUGUGGCUGCUCAACAACCUCACAGCGGAUGAUCCCUCCUGCUGCUCUGCUCUGCUCUCCCUGGACCUGCUGCCAGCCCUGCUGCAGCUCCUGACGUGUUCCCAGAUGGGCACAGUGCUGGUGCUGACUGUGCUGUGCAACGUGGCAGAGAAGGGACGGUUCCAGUGCCAGCAGCUGCUCCAGCAGCCCCUCCUGGCCCAGCUCCUGCCCCUGCUCACACUGCCUGACCCUGAGGCCGUGGGGCAGUGCCUGGAGCUGCUGCACCUCCUCUUCCUGCACUGCCCAGAGGCUGCUGCUGAGUUCACCAGGCAAGGUGGGCACCAGGCCCUGGAGCAGCACCAGGGCACCCCAGAGCUGCAGGAGCGGGCACAGGCACUGCUGGACAUGGUCAGGCAGCCCCCAGGAGCCCCCAGUGCCUGCCAGGCCACACUGGCUGCCUCCUCCUAGGCCUCACCCUCUCCCUUCCCUCUCCUGAACUGCCAGGGGAGGAAUAAACUCCUCACCCCAGUGCCCAGCUUCCCAAGGGCUGCUCAGGGCUCUGAUGUGCCCAGUGCUGGCUGCAUGGGGGGCUGGUCCUUGUCACCACCCAGUGCCCCCCAGAGCCUGGAGCAGGGGCGGAGCUGAGCUGCAGCCCAGGCAGACUCUCCUGUGCCAGGGAGGGCUGAGUGGCUGCAUCAGCCAUUCCUUGGGCUCUCAGCCACCACCAAGCUCAAGGUAAGCACAUUGUGUUUAUGAACUGAUAAAUUAAAGAUACAUCUUUGACAUUAAAGAUAAUCAGUCAGGUGUCCAGAA